UCCCUGGUAACGUAAAAUGGAUAAAUGCCAGUCUGGUUAGCCGAGGUCGUAAGACUGAAGAGUCGUAGAUGCCUUGUGCCUGAAGGUGCAAUGGCUAGUGUGUCUGGGUUCUGGGAACUUCUGAGUUCAGUGAUAUAUCUGGUACCUUCUGGGUACCUCCGACCAACAACCGAUGAACAAUUAAUUUUUUUCAAACCAUGGAGAACACUGAAGGCAAGAAGGACAACGCGCAGAUGGCGGGAAUGUCGGAGAAGAAGACAGACGAGGACUUUUGCUCUGAGCCAAUACUCACUGCACGAAAUGAAACGGAGUGGAUAAGAAGUGCACAACCGGGACUCGAUCCACGACCUGCAACCUCACACGAUGGCUCCGUCAUCUACAUAUGGAGGCAACACUUGGCGGCAUUCUUCGGAUGGACUGCGCCCGCGGUGCCCAUCCUGUUGGGGCAGGUGGAGGACGCCCAGCCGCUGCGCCUGUCGCUGGAGCAGGCGUCGUGGGUGGGCGGGCUGAUGCCGCUGGCGUCGCUAGGCGGCGCGCUCGUCGCUGGCCCUCUGGCCGAGAGGGUUGGCCGCAAGGGCGCUCUGCUGCUCGGCGCGCUGCCCACGCUCGUUGGCUGGCUGCUCAUGGCGUUCGCGGGGCCAUCGGUAUGGUUGUUGAUGGUGGGCCGCGCGCUCACUGGGCUCGCAUUAGGAGCCGUCAGCGGCCCCGUCUCCCUCUACUGCGAGGAGAUUGCCGACAUACGUGUGCGAGGAGCUCUCGGCAGUUUGCAUUUCGCCAUGCAGUGCGUCGGCCUUCUUGUAGUCUACACUCUGGGAGCCUCGCUGCCUUACUUCUGGUUCACAGUAUCAGCGGCCAUUUUACCCGUGGUCUUCGUAUUCUCCUUUUGCUGGAUGCCGGAAUCACCGGCGUACCUGGCAGCAUGUGGACGUGUCAGUGACGCCCAACAAGCCCUUCGGUGGCUGCGAGGGCCAGAUGUAGACUUCAAGGCAGAAGUGGAAAACAUGCUUGCGUCCAGAUCGCAGGCAACGACGUAUCAGGAAAUCUCAUUCUGUAGUCUUUGCUCUAACCGACCUUGGCAAUCCAAUGCUCUUAGAAGCCUGGCUCUUGUGAUAGCUUUAAUGUUUUUUCAACAAAUGAGCGGAAUUUGUAUGUUUACAUUUUACCUUGUGCAACUUUUUCAACAGGCCGGAGGAAAUAUUUCCAGCUCUCUGUCCUCUAUAAUUGCGGCGACUGCGUUUGUUAUCUCCACUAUUGCAGCGACUGCAACAGUAGAUAGAAUUGGGCGUCGCUUCCUCUUGCUAGUGUCAGCUAUUCUCAUGGGAUUUUGCCUUUUUACUUUGGCGCUAUAUGCGCAAUUGAACAGCGACAAUUGGGACACGGCAGGAUGGAGAUGGGUGCCUCUUGUGUCAGUGGUAACUUAUACUGUGGCUUUUACUAUAGGUUUUGGGCCCGUUCCAUGGUUUUUAAUGGCAGAAUUAUUACCGAUGUAUUCAAAAGGCUGGGCUAGCGCUCUUGGGGUCUGCACUAACAGGAUUAUUAUGUUUAUCGUCGUGAAGGAAUCACCUUUGCUUUUGGAACAUGCUGGCCAAGUAGCAACAUACAUAAUUUUUGGUGUUAUAUGCGUCAUCUCUGCAUUUUUUAUUUUUUUCUUCGUACCAGAAACCAAAGGAAAAAAUAAAGCUGAUAUACUGAAAGAAAUUGGAGGAAAAAAUGCUUGAUAUUUAAGACUAAUAUGAAAUUUUAUAUGCAAUGUGAAGUUAUACAAGUUGAGAAUGAGACUCUUGCAUUGUAAAAUGCACACCAGCGAGUUCUGUUAAAUGAGAUAAUCUGUAUGGAAUAAAGCAAUUUGCUGAGAAAUGAUUCCUUACCGCAUAGAAAUUUAACCACAACUUUACUAAUUUUGUAGCGAUUACAGACUCGUACUUACGCUGAGGCGAAUGAGUAAGCAUGCUGCUAAUAUUGCGAGAGUAAAACCCAGAAUACCAACGAAAACACCGGGACUUUGUAAUGUCUGUCUCCUGGCACCGACUAGCUAGAGCUACAACGCGUGUGUAGAUUACUGCAAUAGGGUAUGCAAUGAUGAUUUUUGUGUAUGCGUGACUCUCACCGAAGUUAGGGUUUUGCAAAGAGUGCUCCGAUGAGAUACAGACAUGAAACUCGUAAGCCACUGAAAACACUGUUUUCAGAGUUCUCUGAGGAUAAAUUAACAAUUGGCAGUUAUUAAACAAUCCGUUAUUUUUUAUAAGACAUGAUUCGCCUGUGUAGGAUCGCCGACGUGUAUACCUCACGUAUGCUACUUCACCACCCUGUCCCUUUUUCUAUCAGUGGGAUUGCUACGAGUACUAGGGGUGGCACCUAAGCGUUAGCCGUACAUGUAAAUGUACGCAAACAUGUUGGUGUCUGGAUCCCGCCAGAACGCAGUUUACCCUCAUGGCAACCUUCCCGUGUACUUCACAUAUACUUCAUGUAGCUCACCAAGAAUGAUUCUCUGUAAUUGUGAGUGUUGGCAUUGUGGAUGAACUUACCGUCGGUCCUCAGUACUUAAUCGAGUAUCUCAGAGGCGUUCAGUAUCUGAAUUUUAUACCUCAGACACUUCCUACACUUUUGGAGGACGUCACGUUCAAAUCGGACAAGGAGGCACAAAUAACAUGGCCGUCUCGGUUUCGGGUGUAAAUCUGCUGGACUAUGUUUUUUUUUCUUGGGGUUAA